CCUCCACUUCGCCCAAUCCCCUCAUAAAAGCGUGUGCAGUCCAUCCCACUCAGAAUCCAUCGCCCACCCCGCCAUUCGCUGCUGCUGCUGCUGCUGCUACCAACUACUACCACCACACCACCUCCGCUUCGCUUCUUCCCCACCCUCCCAAAACCUCCCCAAAAUCCGCGCGCGAUGUCACGGAAGCGCGAGCGCCCGCUCGAGGUCGUCGCGCCGCCGGCGACCCCGCUCUCCCCGAGCAAGCGGCUGCGGCGGGCGGGGCUCGUCGUUAUGUGGCUGCGCAGGAAGCCGAAGCCGGUCGGCGUGGAGCAGAUGGCGGCGCGCCUGAUUCGGCAGAUGCAAGUGCAGAUGGUCAAAUUGUUUAUGCUUCUCAUGUUUCUCGUCGCGCGCCUUGGCAACGUGGAGAGGCUGCUUCUCGAGCAACCGUAUCUGAUCCGAAGGUUGCUUGAGGAGCACUUUGGUAUUUUUCAGAGAUCUUUGAUGGAAUCCAUACAAGAUACGGUUCGCAAGGCUGUCCACUCAGAGAUGAAGGAAAGACAGACAACAUUACUUUCUGGAGGUGCUUAUCAGCAUCCAAGACCAAAUAUAUCAGAAGGUUUUCCACAAACUGGAGGGAGCACUAGAAUGGUUAAGUUAUUUUUUGUUGAUGUUGAGAGACCAGAAGACCCACUUUUCACAGGUUCUCCAGUACAAUGGCAAAAUGGAGCCAACGCUAAAGUUGCAAUAUUUGAAAAUGGGAGUCAAAUCACACAGGGUGGUCUUUCUAAACUACAAAUCGAGAUUUUACCAGUCCAUGAUGAUUUCUUCACUGAGCGAGGACCAGCAAAUUUCACCAAAGAGGAAUUCAACAAGCAGAUAUACAUGUGCAAAGGGAAAGAGUCAGUAUUGAAAACUGUCAAUUUAACAAAUGGUGAGGCCAAUCUUGGUUCCUUCUUCUUUACAGAGAGUUCCCAUGGGAAAAGGUUAAGAUUGGCAGCAAGAGUAAAAUAUCAGGAUCUUGCAGUCAGGGUUCAGGAAGCAACCAGCUAUUCUUUUGUUGUCAAAGACCGUCGUAGUAAAUUAAAUAAAAAGAGCAAUUCUCCAUCUAAGGAAGAAGGGAUUCAUUGUUUGAAGAAAAUUUCCCUAAAAGGAAAACGUUGCAAUGACCUUGCGGGCAAAUAUAUUACUAAGGUGAAGCAUUUGAUGCGCUGUUACCACAGAGAUCCAGCUGGUCUCCAAAAGCUUACUGGCAUGAAGAAUGAAGAUUGGAAUACCAUGAUUAGUCAUGCAACCACGUCUGAUCCUGGGGAUGAGAUCCAUUCUUACAGAGUUGAGAAAAAUACUAUAAUCUUCUUCAAUGAUUUCUUUGCUCUAGUCGGUAUGUCGGUUGAUGGCUCCUAUGCUCCUUACCACGCCAACAAUCUUAAUCAGCUACAGCAGCGUAAAAUGAACAAGUGGAAGGAGUCUGCGUAUCAGAAAUUUGAGGAACUGGAGAAGUUGGGGUGUCUUAUUCCUGAUCAUGUCAUGAUCAAUGGCCAACCUGUUCCCGUGUCUCCAAAAAAUGAUGCCAGUCAUUCCAUACAAGCCAACCCAACAUGCUUUAAUCACCAGAUUGCACUUGAAGGUCAGGGACAUCGAUUUCAACAGCAGAAUGGAUUUUCAGCAGUACACGUAUUUACUCCAUACAAUGUUGCUGGAACUUCCACACAACUAAAAGAGCCGUUGCAACAGUAUCCUUAUGAACAAAGUAUGCAUGAAGAAUCUGGUCGGGAGGGUCCUUCUAUGCAGCAUAAUGGAACUUCUUACUCUCUGACUGAGGAAAACAUCUUGAACGGUCUAGGCUCUGGCUUAGUACAAUCAACUAUCCUAUCUCAAAAUACUGCAGUAGUCCCAGGUGCAGAUCCACGGCACAGUGGAUAUGCCAGCACCUCUACAGCUGACGCUGCUGGUACUUCUUGUCCUGUAACAGAUGGAGUUGGUCCAUGGGACUAUCCGAUUUUCAGUGAUCUGUAUCCAAAUGUAAUGUUCCAGGAACCGUCAGGACUAAUCUAUGGGCAUGUGGUGGAGGCAGACCAGGCCUUUCUCCCAGAUAGCCACGAACUGGCAAAUGCCGACAACCAAUUUACUGGAGGUAAUGAUGAUAGUGCUCCAUUUGACUGAAAUCACCGCAACAAGUUAUUGUCUACUCUCAACCAUACUAAAGUGUUCAGUACUUCCAGUGUGAUUAUAAGUGUGUAGUAGUUCGUAAAUAUAGUAGGGACAUAUUAUGUCAGCUAUUCUUUAAUUUGUUCCGCUCACGUUAAAUUUGCUGCCUGCACAUUUGGCAUAGUUUGUUUGUACUACUGAAUACUGAGAUCAAAUAUUGAUAUUGAUGCACUACGCCUAAUUCAAUUCAAUUAAUCUAGUUUGUCCCGGUCA